CGACCACACCAAAGUGAGUCUACAUGAUGCUAGCGGGGGUCGUAAGAGAUCCAGAGAUAGACAAACGUCAAGUGACAGAUCACGAGAUUCAUCUCACGAAAGAACAGUCUCAGCUCACUCCUUGUAUUAGAAAUGCGACUUCUCCAACAUGACAGCACCAUGUUGAACAAGAAAAAGAUCGCAGUUCCUCUCAUCCAAGCAGUCUGCAUCCUCAAAAAGCAUCCCCAAAUGGUUCCAUUAGCAGUGCUGGGAACAGCAGCAGAAACAGUAGUCAGUCAAGUUUAGGUGGUAGCUGUAAGACAUCUAGGGAGAUGGUGUUUGUAUAUGAAAAUGCAAAAGAAGGAGCUCAGAAUAUAAGAACGUCAGAACAAGUGACACUAAUAGUGGAUAACACUAGAUUUCUUGUAGACCCAUCCAUUUUUACUGCACAGCCAAAUACAAUGUUGUACAGGAUGGUUGGUUCUGGCCGAGAACAUAACUUUACACGACCCAAUAAGAAAGAAGAGUAUGAGGUGGCAGAGGGGAUUGGUUCCACUGUGUUUCAAGCUAUUCUGGAUUACUAUAAAACAGGAAUAAUCCAUUGUCCUGAUGGCAUAUCUAUUCCUGAACUGAGAGAAGCAUGUGACUAUCUUUGUAUCUUUUUUGAAUAUAGUACUGUUAAAUGUAAAGAUCUCAGUGCCCUAAUGCAUGAGUUAUCAAAUGAUGGUGCUCAUAGACAAUUUGAAUUUUAUCUGGAAGAAAUGAUCCUCCCUCUCAUGGUAGCUAGUGCCCAGAGUGGGGAAUGGGAAUGUCAUAUAGUGGUGCUUACAGAUGAUGAUGUGGUUGAUUGGGGUGAAGAAUAUCCACCACAGAUUGGAGAAGAAUAUUCACAAAUUAUUUAUAGCACAAAAUUAUAUAGAUUUUUCAAGUACAUUGAAAACAGAGAUGUGGCCAAGUCAGUUUUGAAGAAGAGGAGUCUUAAGAUUAGAUUGGGAAUAGAAGGUUAUCCUACCUACAAAGAAAAAGUAAAGAAAAGGCCUGGAGGCCGCCCAGAAGUGUUCUACAACUAUGUCCAAAGACCCUUUAUUCGAAUGUCCUGGGAGAAGGAAGAAGGAAAGAGUCAGCAUGUAGACUUUCAGUGUGUAAAGAGUAAAUCUACCACCAACCUUGCAGCAGCUAUGGCAGACAUUCCCCAGGACCAGCUGGUAGUCAUGCACCCAACUCCACGAGUGGAUGAGCUGGAUAUUCUCCCUAUCCAUCCCCCUUCUGGCAACGGUGGCCUCGAUCCUGAUGCACAGAAUCCAAUGCUGUGAUGCUGAUGUUCCUUGAAACCACAGCAUGCUACUCUUCACAGUGACGUUGUACUCUCCUCAUUCUGCAAUGCAAGGCCACUCUUCUUCAUCAUGAGAUGCACAUAACAAUGUUUAGGAUGUUGCAGUGUAGGCUUUUUCAAGACCAAAGG